AUGUUGUCGCCGUCAAUGGUGUUGACGCACCCCGUUGUGGUCGGCCUCUUCGUCGCCGCCGCCGGGGCGACGCUCGUGUCAAUAGCGUCGAGGAGCUACGCCAGCGACGCCGACUCGGGCCACGACCGCGACGAGAACGCGCCGACCGACACCAGUGCGUCCGUCCAGUCGGUCCCGUACCUCCCGGGCGGCCACCCCGUGCUCGGGCACACGCUGCUCAUGGCGCGGCACCUCGACCGGUUCCAGGACUGGCUCGUCGAGACGAGCGUCGCGCGCCACGGCGCGCCCUUUGUGCUGCGGCAGCCGGGCAAGAACGACUGGCUGUUCUCGGCGCGGCCGGCGGACUUUGAGCAGAUUCUGCGCGUGCACUUUGACACGUUUGUCAAAGGGCCGCAGGUCCGCGACCUGCUGCACGACUUCAUGGGCGAAAACAUUGUCAUCAUCAACGGCGACCGCUGGCGCUUCCACCGCCGCGCGCUCGUGAACCUCUUCACGGCGCGCGCCGUGCGGGACCACAUGACGCCCGUGGUCCAAAAGUGUGCACUGGCGCUGCAACACGUGUUCGCGGCCGCGGCCGCGACGCACGACGUCGUUGACGUGCACCACUUGAUGGGCCGCUUUACGCUCGAGACGUUUGCCGAGAUUGAGUUUGGCGCGCAGCUGGGGCUGCUCGCGUCCGGCCGCGCGCACGCGUUCGAGACGGCGAUCGACGAGGCGAACCACAUUUCGCUCGAGCGCUUUGCCGUCCCGACGUGGCUCUGGAAGCUCAAGCGCUGGCUCAACGUGGGCUCGGAGCGCCGCCUGCGGGGGGCAAUGGCCGUCAUCUCGACGUUCGUCACGUCGUGCAUUGCCGGCGCGAUCGAGCGGCGCGCGGCGCGGAGAGAAGCGCUUGCGAGGGGCGAGCCACUGGGACCGUCGCCGCCGGCCAACGACAUUGUGUCGAUUUUGCUCGAGACGACGGACGACACGGGCGCACCGGUGCGGCCGAAUGACGUGUUUAACAUCUCGUUGGCGGGCGUCUUGGCCGGCAAAGACACGACGGGCGACGCCUUGAGCUGGUUGCUCCAUUUGCUGCACGAGAACCCGCAGGUGGAGAACAGACUGCGGACAGCGCUCCUCGCGCACGUGCCAAAGCUCGCGACGGACGCGACGUACGUGCCGACGAUGGCGGAACUCGACGGCGUGACGUACUUGGAAGCGACGAUCCGAGAGAGUCUGCGGCUGAAGCCACCGGCGCCGUGCGUCACGCAGCACUGCACGCGCGACACGGUGUUUGCCGACGGGACGUUCGUCGCCAAAGGCACUGACACGACGCUGCUGUACCACGCGUCGGCACUGCUCCCGAGUGUGUGGGGCCCCGACGCCGCAGUGUUUCGGCCCGAGCGGUUCCUCGAUGAGCACGAGAAACUCGUGCUGCUGCCGCCGCUCAAGUUCAUCGCCUUUAGCGCCGGUCCCCGCAAGUGCGUCGGCCGGAAGCUCGCGAUGAUCGAGAUGAAGGUCGUCACGGCGUGUCUCGUGAGCCGCUUCCAUCUCGUGGAGGUGCCUGGCCAAGACAUUCGCGGCACGAUGGGCAUCAGUCUCGGCAUGAAGAACGGCAUGAAGGUGACGGUGCAGCCGACCCGCGGGCUGGCGACCAGUGCGUGA